CCAGUCCCCCACAGGAGCAGCCAUGUGUACCCCCAAGAAGGAAGAGGUGGUCAGGGAAAACCUGAUGUCAGACGCCAUGCAGAAGGAGGAGGAGAUAAAUGAACUCUUGAAAAGAAUAGAGAGGUGGGAAAAACUCAUCAAGGAAAACAGGAUCCUGAAGGAAAGCCAGACGUCGCUGCAGGUCAAACUGAACCAGAAACAGGUCAAAGCGAUCCUGCAGGAAGUGAGGAUGGCCUCAAAAGCACUGCUGCUGAUACGACAGGCAGCCCUCAAGGACCUACUGGAGAUGGAAAACAGGCAGUACCUGGAAGAGCUAACAGCCAUGGGAAAGACAUUCUAUAAGCAGCGGAUCUGAGCUGAGAGAGCUCACAGUAAUACUGCCAAAUUCAAAAGCACCGAAAAGGGUGUACAAUCAUAGAAAGGUAUUAGAGGUCAUGAGUAAAU